AGUGUGACCAGUUAUUAUCUAUGUUGUUUGGCAUAACCGUCAUUUGGAAUAGAUGAAUUGAUAAUAAAACAUAACAUAAACAUGUUAGUUCCUUGUUUUGAUAAAUAGCUACAACAAAAUAUAAAUGCAGCAAGACAGCAAAGUGAUUAGCGAUGGCCUCCGCAAUGAAGCCAGUGUUGUGUGUCGGCUGCACAGUUAUCGACUUUGUCACCAUUAGCGCCAGCUUCCCCAAGGAGGACACCGAUGAACGCUGCCUCAAUGGCAAUUGGCAGCGGGGCGGGAAUGCCUCCAAUGUCUGCACUGUGCUCCGAUUACUCGGGCUCAAGGUCGAUUUCUUUGGCGUACUGAGUAAAUCGGAUGGAUUUCGUGUACUGCUCGAUGAUUUGCAGCGACGUCAAAUUGGUGUCCAACACUGUCCCAUGUCGGAGAAGGAUCCGCCCUUCUCAUCGGUGAUCAUUGCGCAAGACACGGGAUCGCGCACCAUUGUGCACUGCAACAAAAACUAUCCGUAUGUGACGUGGGAAGACUUUCGGAAGAUCGAUCUGAAUAAAUAUGGCUGGGUGCACUUUGAGGCACGUCAUCCCAAGGAAACCAUCAAGAUGAUCGAAACUGUGCGGCAGCACAAUGCGCUUCAUGACACUAAUAUCAAGAUCUCGUUGGAUUUUGAAACAUUAUAUGAGAAGAAUCUGGAGCUCUGUCUGUCGUGUGAUUACGUUGUCUUCUCCAAAGAUUUGGCCAGUCGUCAGGGCUGGGAGACGGCAUGCUCGGCCUGCUCGCACUUGGUCAGCGCCUUAACACCCAGCAGCGUCAACAUUAUUUGUCCCUGGGGCAAGGAAGGCGCAAGCUGUGUCGACUCUUUCCAUAACUAUAGCGAUGUGCCCGCCCAUGAGCCGGAUUCAGUUGUGGACACGCUGGGAGCUGGCGACAGCUUCAUGGCUGGCUUCAUCUAUGCCACGUAUGUAAGCCAGAAAAAUCUCCCUGAUGCUGUUGACUUUGCCAAUCGUGUAGCGGGACACAAGAUCAGCGACUAUGGCUACGAUCACAUUGCUCAGAUUCAAAAAGACCAAGUUUAAACUAUCGAACAUAAAAUUAACUACUGUGUAGAAAAAGCUUUGAACAAAAUAAUUGAAGUAUGGGAAACUACACAGAACAGUUUUUAAGUUGUGAUCUAAGCAUUCCAAUUGAGAUUUCUAAUAUUUCAACUACAAAUGGAUCAUAUCUAAACAUUUGCUUGUGCAAUAUCUUAAAGAUUUUAAAGAGAUAACAAUAUGAAAAAAUAGAAUUUGCAAGAGAAUCAACAAAAUGAAGCUAUAUGUAUCGGUAUUUGACAUAUUCAACUAGCGUAUAGGGUUUUCAUAUAUAAAAAUCGAGAAGAAAGAAUGCGUCUAGUAAUUUAACAAUUAAAAGUUUUGCCAAUUUUUGUUUUUUAAUUAUUUGUAAAUGCCAAAUGUUGUUACGAAAUAAAAUUUUGGAAGAACCUUUCAAAAGAGUCAGAAAAUUUAACAAAAGCCAUCAAAGAUCAUAAAUUCAGAAAAUCUGUUUUGUUGAUAUGAAAUGGCAAAGUUUUAAAGAUCUUCUGCAUCUCAAUAAUGUUAUAAGCAGAUUAUUAAGCAU